GUUGGCAGCUGCGGCGGGUCGCACGGCUCCGGCCUUUCUCGGGGGGCGGGCGGGGGAGGCGAGGCGCGCGAGCGGAGCGCGGAGCACGAUGUCCGACACGGGCGGCGGAAAGAAGCCGCCUGUGGAGCCGCAGGCGGGGCCAGGCCCAGGUCCGGGGCGCGCAGCUGGGGAACGGGGCCUGCCGGGCUCCUUCCCGCUGGUCCUGAGGAAGCUGAUGGAGAACCCCCCGCGCGAGGCGCGCCUCGAUAAGGAAAAGGGGAAGGAAAAGCUGGAGGAAGACGAGGCCGCAGCAGCCAGCACCAUGGCCGUUUCAGCCUCCCUCAUGCCACCUAUCUGGGACAAGACCAUCCCGUAUGAUGGCGAGUCCUUCCAUCUGGAGUACAUGGACCUGGACGAGUUCCUGCUGGAGAAUGGCAUCCCUGCCAGCCCCACCCACCUGGCCCAGAACCUGCUGCUGCCUGUGGCAGAGCUAGAAGGAAAGGAAUCUGCCAGCUCUUCCACAGCAUCCCCACCAUCCUCUUCCAACGCCAUCUUUCAGCCCUCUGAAACUGUGUCCAGCACAGAAUCCUCCCUGGAAAAGGAAAGGGAGACGCCCAGUCCCAUCGACCCCAGCUGUGUGGAGGUGGAUGUGAACUUCAAUCCUGACCCUGCCGAUCUGGUCCUUUCCAGUGUGCCAGGCGGGGAGCUCUUCAACCCUCGGAAGCACAAGUUUGCAGAGGAGGACCUGAAGCCCCAGCCUAUGAUCAAAAAGGCCAAGAAGGUCUUUGUGCCUGAUGAGCAGAAGGAUGAAAAGUACUGGACGAGACGCAAGAAGAACAAUGUGGCUGCCAAGCGGUCCCGGGACGCCCGGCGCCUGAAGGAGAACCAGAUCACCAUCCGGGCGGCCUUUCUGGAGAAGGAGAACACGGCCCUGCGGACGGAGGUGGCUGAGCUACGCAAGGAGGUCACUUGUGGAUACCACCUGAAUCUUGUUUGUCCGACUAGACUGGCCUCUAGGCCUGUUUCUCUUCAUCCAGUGAUCAAUCUCAGAUCUUGGAUUUAAAAGGAAAACCCCCCUCAUCUACGAAGCUUAAUUUCCUGGAGGCAGGAUGCACCUUCUGCAUGGUGUUCAGAAAACCAGCCUCCACAGCCCCCUGCGCUGCAGGCAGGGAGCUGGGCCCUGUGUCUCCAUUUUGUCUUGCUCUGCUCUCCAGUGUGGGCCAGGCCAGAGGAAAGCAGAAGAGGGCUUCCCAGUUCUUGGUUCAAGAUCCCUCCCCUGUGCAAGCUGCCUAGAGCCACCUGCUGGGCAGGACAGCCAGCCAGGGUCACAGCACAACUCACAGAACAGCUGGUUCUCGGGACAUUGAUCCACUAGAGUCUCCAGUCUGGGUCCCUGAAGAUGUGGGCCACCCACACAAGCCUGGCCAUGGUAUGUGGAGGGGUCCUUGCAGCUGUGGCUUCACUACCUCACAGCUGUUUUCUCUUGUGUCUGGCUGGACUCCUCCUUCUGCUCCACCUGGGAGAUGCAUUGAGGAAAUCUGUGGAAUGCUCUGUUCAUUGUGGCCAGCCAGGGCACCUGCAGAUAGGUGCGUUUAUUGGCUCAGGGCCAGGCAGCCUGUGGUUAAGAGGGGUCAGAGGUGACGGGUAUUCUUGGUCAUGUUUACCACUGGCUUUAUUUAAAGUGGUAGCUCCAAGACCCGGGCUCUGACCCCUAAAGACUAUAUAACAUGUUAGGACCUGGGGACGCCAUCCACUGGCCGUGGACCGCACCCAGGGGAACGCCAUGGCCCUCCGGGGACCUACAUACCCGCCUCUCCUGGGGACUUGACAAGGGUGCCUGAGGCCAAGGGAGGUCACGGACUCCCUCCAGGCCCCUGACUUUGUUUUGUGGUUCUAGAAAAACCAUGUUCACACUUUCCACUCUAUUGUAACCACAGCAGGGCAGUUGCAUCCGGCAUGUCAGUGUCCUGCCCUGGGCAGCUCGCCCGCCCGGGCACUCUCCCUCUGGUCUGGCGACCCACCAAGAGGGCAGUUCUCAUUUUGUUAUUAGUAGAAGAGCUUCCAGUGUAAAAGCUCUUCAUUUUCUUUGGCCAGAAAGUGUAUGGUUUGUGUUUUUAUUUUUAUUUUUUUUUAAAGAAUGGAGACUUAAUCUCUGAAUGGUGUCCAUGUUCUGACCCCCGUGGGUGGGAUAAUGGCCUGACAUCUCCUCUUUGUCCCACCUUCUGCCUGUUCAGCCCUCCCCUCCUCCCAGGCAGUGGGCGGCUGGUUCCUUCCCAAAGUGCUUACUUGGAAAGAAUGUGGCUGCUGGCCUCUUCUAGAAGAGCCCCUUUGAGCCGGGCCUAGCAGAGACAGGAAGGAGAUGUCCAGGGAGGUGGACAUGCUGGGGAAAAGGAGUGCUCAGGGAAGCGAGUCCUUGCAGGAGAGGGUUGGUGCCUGCUAGUUUCCAUCAUGGAAUUGGGAGUCUCCUUGACUCCCUCCUGGCCCCUCUCCAUCUUGGGGCUGACAGCCAAAGACGGAGGCUCCUUUGCCCAAAUCUUGGACAUCUCCUCAGAAGCACUGGAGGCCGGAGGAGCCAACGUCAGUGGCUCUCCCCGGGUUUGUGACGGGCUGGGAAGCACCAUCCCUUCCUCAGCGCCGUCUUCGGUUCCCUGGCAGCCGUGUUGCAACCUCCGAACAGACAAAUCAUGAGUGAGCUAGCAUGUUACAGGAAUGUAAUAAAUGUCUGUCUAGAUAGAGAAAUAAACCUAUUGAGAGAACUUUCACAAUGGGCAGCAGCCUUGUGGAGGGCCUGGGUAACUAUCACCCUUGGCCAAAGGUGGGGGUUUGCCUGUCUGGAUCCUGAGGUUGGAGAAGGCACUUAGCAGUGAACCUCGGUAAGUGUCACCCUGCCGGGCGGCUGCAGUCCUCCAUCCUGAGCGGGCGGCAGGCCUGGGAGCCAGCAGAAGAGGGCGCCUUUGUGCUGGGCAGCCCCCUACCCAGGCCCUGGGAGCUCGGCUUCGUGGAACACAGAGGGCCAAGAGCUCCUUUAACAUCUGUUAAUUAAGUGCAAUAAAUUUUUCUAGAAAAUGGCAAAGAUGACUUCCAGGUGGAUAUUGCUAUUUUGUGGUGUUGGGGAUGCCAGAUCACCACUUGGUUUUAUUUUUCUAAGUGCAUGUGAUGUGACAGGGUGUGGGGCUCUGCGCCCUCCCUUGGGAGCUGGGAUUCCAGCGAGCCCCUUUUUGUUCCCUGUGUCGGGGAAGGAGGCCAGGAGGGAACUCCUUCCUCCCAGCCGGCAACGGCAGAAGCAGACCACAGCCCGUUGGCCUUAUGUGCGUAUGUGCGUGCGAGUGUGUCACUGCUGGUGGGCCGGAGUGAUGUGGAGGGGAGGGAAGCCGGGAAUGUAACCUUUUCAAAACAAAAUUAAAUAUUUUGAGA